AUGACAGCACCGGAGAGACAGUUUGGAAUGACAAACUGCAACACAAAGCCAGUUUCUGAAGAAUACAUACGAAUACUGGCUCGACAACGCCUGCCAGUGCAGGAGCCUGAGAUUUACGGCGGUGACCCCGUCAUGUUUUGGCCUUGGAAGAGAGCGUUUGAUUCCCUGGUGCAGUCGGCUUGUGUGUCAACUGCAGAGAAGUUGUCCUUUCUGGGCAAGUACACCACAGGUACAACAAAAACACUGGUAGACAGGUUUCGACUGAGAAACGUAGACAACGUAGAAAGAGCAUACAAAGAAGCCUGGGAAGAACUGGAGUCAAGAUUUGGCAACCCAGCUGUCAUUUCCUCAAUCAUCAUAAAACAGUUAAGUACAUUCAGCAAAAUCAAAGCUGACGACAACCAGCGACUUCUCGAACUCGCAGACUUGUGCGUAGACGCAGUUGCACACAUGAAGGACCUACCUCAUUUGAUUAUACUUGAUACUCCACAUGGAAUGAAUCCAGUAGUUGAGAAGUUGCCAUCAUAUGUACUGAACAGAUGGAGGGAGAGAGUGGCGACUUACAAGCAGAUCAACAAGAAAUUCCCAACAUUUCAAUACUUCACAGAAUUUCUUACAACUGUAGCAAAAACACAGAAUGAUCCAGAUGUUCCCCGCUUUAAUAAUACACAGAUCAGACCAGAUAAAGGUAAAGCAAGUCAACAGCACAGAACCCGGGUUUUCUCCACAAACACAAAGGAUGAUACCAAACAGUGUGCCUACCACGAGUCUCCUAGCCACGAUCUGACUGAGUGUAAAGCGUUCAUGAGAAAACCAAUCGGAGAACGGCUAGAACUAUGUAGAAAAAAGGGUUUGUGCUUCCGGUGCACACAAACACAUCUUGCCAAAGACUGUACUGCUGAGAUAAUAUGCACAACUUGCCAGAGUAAGAGACACAUAACCUGUCUCCAUUCAUCACCCGCAGAAAAACCACAAACCACCAAUAAAACAGAUACAAAUCAAGAAGUCACUACCAGGUGUACAAGGUUAUCUAAGUGUUCGGCAGGACGUUCCUGCAGCAAGAUAAUCUUAGCAAAAGUCACAAAAGGAGAGAACAGGAAGGGACGGCGUGGUGUUGACAUUAUCAUUGAAUCCUGUGAUGGACAGAAACGAUACCCACUCCCGGUAGUACUAGAGAACAAUGACCUUCCCAGCGACAAAGGUGAAAUACCAACACCUGAUGUAUGCAGAGCAUUUGAUCACCUCAAACCGAUCACUAAUAAGAUUCCAGAAAUUAGAGAAGAUAUAGGUAUAGAACUCCUCGUUGGCAGAAAUUGUCCUGAAAUAUUAAAGGUGAGAGAGAACAGAAAUGGCCCUGUUGGUGCUCCUUGGGCUCAACGCACAGAUUUAGAAUGGACUGUAUCGGGUGAGUUAUGUUUAGAAACAGCUAGAGGCACAAUCCGUGCUUCUGUUCAUCGCACGACAGCAAACUGCGAUGUGACAUCAUACAACACGAACCAGUGUACCAGAGAAAGAUUUCAGUGUCACAAUCACAUAUAUGCAAAAGAUAUAAUUGUACCUAAACCAGAUAGGAAUACUGACAUCUUUGAGGAGACAGCGAGGGAUGAGAAUAAAUCGCUGUCGGUAGAGGACAAACAGUUCUUGGAUAUCAUGGAUAAGCAUUCUCAUGUCAAUACUCAAGGCAAUUUAGAACUUCCCCUAACCUUUAAACAGGAACCAGAACAACUGCCAAAUAACUAUCAGUCGGUAUUUAAUCGUUUCAACAACCUUCGGAACCAGUUCAGACGCAAUCCAGACUUGUUGAACCAAUAUGUUCAGUACAUGCAGAAAUUAAUCAAACGCGAACAUGCAAGUCCAGUUCCAACAACUGAAUUGAAUGCAAAGAAUACAUGGUACUUACCACAUUUCGCAGUGCAACACCCUCAGAAAUCUCAGAUCAGAGUGGUUUUUGACUCGAGUUCAAAAUUUAAUGGUAUAUCACGCAACGAUGUCCUGUUACAGGGACCAGAUCAAUUGAACAGUUUGCUUGGCAUCCUACUUAGAUUCAGAUGCAACCAAAUAGGCAUAAUGGGAGAUGUGGAACAGAUGUUCCAUAACUUCCACGUCUGCCAAGUACAUAGAGACUACAUGCGCUUCCUGUGGUUUCAGGAUAAUAACCCGACAAAACCGGUAAUCCAGUACCGCAUGAACGUGCACAUUUUUGGAAAUGUGUCAUCCCCGGCCAUUGCCACAUAUGGCCUAAGAAAGAUCGCUCAUGAAAACAGAUUGACCUACGGAGAUGACGUGAGUGAAUUUAUACACAAGGAUUUUUACGUAGAUGAUGGCCUCACCUCUCAGCCUGACAUCGCAACAGCAAUCAGCAUUAUCCAACGUACGCGAGAGAUGCUAGCAACGAGAAAUAUUAACUUUCAUAAAAUCGCAUCAAACGACAGACGUGUCAUGCAUGCUAUGCCCAGCGACAUUCGCAUCAAAGACUUGCAGCUCUUCAAUCUUAACCGAGACAUGCUACCUACACAGCGUUCACUGGGGAUCCAGUGGUCCUUACAGGGGGACACAUUCACCUUUAAAGUAGACCUGAAAGUGAAACCGUUUUCACGGCGGGGAGUCUUAGCGACUGUGAAUUCGGUAUUCGAUCCCUUGGGAAUCCUGGCACCAAUUACGUUGGAGGGCAAACUUAUUCUCAGAGAACUCCUGAAGGACGAGACAAACGUAUGCUGGGACAACCCCUUAUCAGAGAAAUACCUUCCCCGUUGGGAUCGGUGGUGCAGUAGCCUGACAAGCGUCGAGCGUGUUCACCUGAAUCGCUGUUACACCUCCCCCGACUUUGGUUUGGUUAAAAAACGCGAAUGCCACGUCUUUUCUGAUGCCAGCGACAUAGCGAUAGGUGACGUCGCCUACUUACGCUCGAUGAACCACGAAAACAAAGUAGAUGUUGCAUUUCUUCUCGGGAAAGCAAAAUUAAAUCCAACCCAUGCCGUAUCAGUGCCCCGUUUGGAACUCUGUGCAGCCGUAUUGGCUACACAACUAGUGCAAGUGAUUACAACUGAAAUGCAAGAUGAUAUCGACAAAGUGAUUUAUCACACAGAUAGCACUAUAGUAUUAGGUUACCUCCAGAACAAUUCUAAGCGAUUUCAAGUUUACGUGGCGAACCGUGUCCAGAAAAUGCAUAGCUGCUCCUCUCCAGUUCAGUGGCGUCAUGUACCCUCAACUCAGAACCCCGCUGACCUUGCGUCGCGAUCAGUUCCUGCCCAGAAGCUCACUUCUACUAUGUGGCUACAGGGACCAAGUUUCCUUUGGCAACCAGACUAUGCUCCAGAAAGAGAGCUAUCCGAUGCUGAUCAAUACAAAUUUGAACUACGAGAAGAUGAUCCUGAAGUACGCAAGCAACCCGGAGCGUUCUCAAUUUCGGUUAGCCAGUCAAAACUAAUAAGACAAAACAAACAAGAUCAUUUGGGCUCAGAGAGAUUUAGUAGGUUUUCCAAAUGGAGUUCACUCAGGAGAGCCGUAGCAAAUCUUAUAAACUUAGCAAUUGCUAACAAGAGAAAUGUGCAUGGAGAAAAGAACACACCCCAUCAGGUAACCUCAGACAUUUUGAUUCAAGCUGAAAACGUUAUUCUGCGUACCCUUCAGAAAGAACAUUUUCCAGAAGAAUACAGCAUAUUAUCUUCCUCAAAUAACAGAACUUUGACAAAAAAGAGUUCACUUCACCAACUAAGUCCAUUUAUAGACAGAGAUGGACUCAUUCGUGUUGGUGGCAGAAUUGGCCAAGCAAACUUCGAUUUCGGUGAACGACAUCCCAUACUGUCACCUAAGGACAGUCAUGUAUCCAGACUCAUAUUAGAGCAUGUUCAUCAACAAAUACAGCACCAAGGACGCCAGUUUACAAUGGGUGCCGUCAGAUCCAAAGGGUAUUGGGUGCCUGGUCUACACAACAUGGUAAGAAAUGUCAUAAAUCAAUGUACAGUGUGCAAGAGAUUAAGGGCAAAACCCCUGACACAAAUAAUGGCCGACUUGCCAACAGACAGACUAGAAGCAACUCCACCAUUCACCAAUGUCGGCAUAGAUGUUUUUGGACCCUGGAACGUGGCUGUGCGGAAAACCAGGAGUGGAGUGGUAGGAGCCAAGCGAUGGGGAGUCAUAUUUGUUUGCUUAUAUACCACCGCUAUUCAUAUAGAAGUCAUUGAAUCUAUGGACACCUCUGCCUUUAUUAAUGCGCUCCGUAGAUUUAUCGCUAUAAGGGGAGCUGUGAAAAGACUGAGGUGUGACAACGGUACCAAUUUCGUGGGUGCCAAAAAUGAACUCGAGACUGCGAUGAAAGAACUUAACCAUGGUCACAUUCAAAAAUUCUUGGCGAAACAGGCAUGCGAGUGGAUCUUCAACCCGCCUCACGCUUCUCACUUUGGCGGGAUCUGGGAGCGACAGAUCGGCACUGUAAGACGAAUCCUGAACGCUAUGUAUGUGCAGCUAG